GCUAAUUCACGGGCUUUGUAGAGGAGAUCGAUGCAAUUGGGCGUUCUCUCUGUUUGAGGAGAUGAUUGAUCAAGAUAUAAUUCCUAGAUUCAAAACUUGCCGAUUGCUGUUGGAUGAAGUGAAGCAGAAAAAUAUGUUUCAAACUGCUGAGAAAAUUGAGGAUCUUAUGAAAAAAUUGUAAAUGCAUGAGCUUCUUAUGUGUGCGUACACUUCUUUGUUACACAUGAUGUUAACCAUUUGAUACAAAACCAGGACAAGUAAAGAAGAGAGUGCAUGGAAAGUUUUUAAAUAAACAACUGACUUGUCAUCACGAUGAGGAUCUACGACGAGUUGAGAGAGAUUACGAAGAUUCAAAAGUUUCGAAGAUUGGUGUCAUAUACUGGGUUUUACUGCUUCGCCACACUCAUAAGUUACGCUUAUGUCAGCAAUACGACAAGAGCUGGUUACUCUAGAGCCGAUCAAUUCUAUGCAUCGUACCCGGCUGGUACCGAGCUUUUAACGGACACUACCAAGUUGUACAAAGCUGCACUUGGAAACUGUUUUAAGGCUGAAGAGUGGGGUCCUUUUGAGUUCUGCAUCAUGGCCAAACACUUUGAUCGUCAAGGGAAGUCGCCAUAUGCUUAUCAUGCGCAAUACAUGGCACACCUCCUUUCUCAUGGACAACUUGAUGGAAGUGGUUGAUCAGAGUGAUUUACAUGAUGAAGCAUGAUAGAGUAGAAACUUUUGCAAUAUAUGAAGACGUGUAAAGUCAAAUGAGAAAGCUUGAGAUUUGAGUACUUAUUGAGAUUUGAACUCCCUGUGCAUUCUACAGCCUUACUCUUAGGAAUAAGGAAAAAAAUGUGUAGCAUUGUCUCUUUCGUGUUGGGUAACAACAAGUACUCUGCUUUCUUCCUGUUCUUUGAUAUUCAAACCCAGUCAAUCUCAAGUGCUUCUGAUCGUGUUGUUUA